AUGCCCAGGCUCGCUAACCCGGACGAGGCGCCCCAGAUCGACAUCCUGGAGGAGCCCGAAAACUGCGUGCCGCUGGAGGUGGAGCAGCUGAUGGAGACACUGCAGGCCGAGGCCGAGGCCAACCUGGGCAUGGUGAUGGUGUUCACCAUCGCGUCGGCCGCCAGCGAGUGGCUCAACAACCACUGCGACGAGCUGCGGCGGCGCAAGGAGGAGGAGGCCGAGCGGGUCAAGCGCGAGCUGGAGGAGGCCGAGCGGAAACGCUUCGAAGGCACGCGCGUCUCCGUGGAGACGUUCCUCAAGUGGAAGGAGGGCUUCGAGAAGGAGAUGAGCGCGAUGCGGGCGCAGAAGGCCCGCGAUCUGGAGGCGGCGCGCCGCAACAAGCUGUCGGGACGCGAGCUCUUCCUCAAGGACACCACCCUGGUCGACUCGGACAUCAAGUUCCUGGAGGACGCUGGCGAGGAUGUGAAAGUGGAUGAGUCUCUCUUCCAAGAUCUGGAGGACUUGGACCUGGAGGACGACGAGCUAGCGGAGUUGAGUGAUACGUGAUUGACAUGUAGACACGGACCACCGUCAUCACGGCUUUGGACGACACGGACCACCGUCAUCACGGCUUUGGACGAACAUUCGUGCAAAGGUGUCGGACGUGGCGUUGCGCCUCCAUAGCGGUGCCAUCUAGCGACGGCUUCUGCAACUAAAGCUGUGCCUUAUCGGCACGUGUGGACGUAUUCGAAUUGAUUCUAGAAUGUUCCUCGCGAUGAUGCAGUCGUAAAAAUUGCAUUUUGAAGUGUGACUGGUGAGAAAAUGUCUCCAUGUUGUCGACUAUACUGGAGUUUUUCUUCCUGUCUCUCGCGGAUGGGAAGCUGAUGUCUACACAUGGCCCAUGUGCUGUUAGGGAUUGAUGGUAUGGAAGGUAAUGUUGUGCUGGGUACCGAACUUGUUUCCGUCGUGUGCUGCAUCGCGCAGCUGUG